CGGAAAUUAACCAUCGCUUCUCACACUACUCUGUCUCCGUCUGUCGUCUAUCUCUCUCUCUGAGCAGUGAGGAGCUCUCUAGGGUUUCUGUCUCUUUAUUUUCUUCCGUAAAUCUAGGGUUUCAAGACGAAAGUUCGGAAAAUCAGAUAAGAAUCUCAGGCAAUGCAACCGUUUUUUUGAUUUCGUUCUUCAUAUUUCUUUAUCGUAUAUUCUCAUUCGAAAAACCUGCCUUUAUCGGAGCAGAAUAGCUCAGCUUUCAUGGCGAAAACGAAGCCUGGGAAAAAAGACUUGGAUUCCUACACCAUCAAAGGCACUAACAAGGUCGUCAGAGUUGGAGAUUGUGUGUUGAUGCGUCCUUCAGACUUGGAUAAGCCGCCUUAUGUAGCACGCGUGGAGAAGAUCGAACUUGACCAUCGGAGUAAUGUCAAGGUUAAAGUUAGGUGGUACUAUCGGCCGGAGGAGUCGAUCGGAGGGAGGAGGCAGUUCCAUGGAGCGAAGGAGUUGUUUUUGUCUGACCAUUAUGAUGUGCAGAGUGCGCACACUAUCGAGGGAAAGUGUACUGUCCACUCCUUCAAGAACUAUACUAAACUUGAUAAUGUCGGAGCUGAGGAUUACUUCUGCCGAUUCGAGUAUAAGGCUUCCACCGGGGGAUUUACACCCGACCGUGUGGCAGUGUAUUGUAAAUGCGAGAUGCCUUACAACCCAGAUGACCUCAUGGUCCAGUGCGAAUCAUGCAAGGACUGGUUCCAUCCUUCGUGUAUGGGUAUGACUAUUGAACAAGCAAAGAAAUUAGAACAGUUUCUGUGCUCUGAUUGUUCAUCUGAUGAUGAUGCCAAAAGAUCCCUGAAUAAUUUUCCUGUUUCACCACCUGUUGAGCCUAAGGUGGAGCCAAAGCGCCGGAAGAGAUGAUUGGUUGAUGAGGAGGUCGGGAUGCAUGAUGAAUAGGUACUCAUUUUCUUGCAUGUUGGCUCUCUGAUGAUGGUGUUAUGUGGAAUUGUACAGUGCAGAGAACAUACUGUGCUUGCACAAACUGGAAGUUUUCUUAAUUUAUUUGCUUUAACUUGAAAUAUAUAUGCGUGUAUGUGCAUGCAUGCGCUGGAUUUAGGAGGAAAAUUUCUCUUGUGAUGUGUUGUCUCGUGUACAAACUGUGCAAAAAUGUUGUUUAUUCGCAUUUAAGGACAGGUUUCUUUGAAGAACA